AUGCAGCAACCCCAGCCCAACGAGUCGCCCGAGGGGUGGACCAGGGUUGGGAAGGGCGGCAUGCCGGACAGGUUCACCAUUAGGAACCCUGGCCGCAAGCCGCCGGGCAAGGCGGUCAAGCGCAAGCCUGACCGCCAGCCCGCACCCAAGGGAGGUGGACCCCCACCCCCCUCUCCCAAGGUGAACAAGAACAGGCUGAGCGCGCUGGGCGCUGGCCCUUCUGGCACCAGCGGGAGCCACGAGCGCGCACCGCCGCGCUCCCCCUCCCCCUCCUCGCCGCCUGCCAAAUCACCGCGGCCGUCUGUGCCUGCUUCCGAGUAUGACUCCGAGUUCGACUUUUCCGACGCUGAGGCGCAGGAUAGGACGGCAGGGGUCGUACACGACGCAGUUCAGCAGGCUGUGAUGCAAUACGGCUAUGACGACGAGAUCUUCCAGGCGUGGAGGGACGGCGAGAUACGGCGAAAGGACUUGCCGGAGGAGGUGGUGGCUAUGGCUUUGGACCUUUGCGAGAGGUGGCGAGCGGAGCAAGAGCGGUGUAGGCGCGUCCACGCGGCGCAGCGGCUCUGCCGCGACCCCGGCCCCUCUCAUAGCCGCAGCCGUAGCCGCAGCCCCAACUCUUGCCGCUCUUCCGUGUCGGGUUGUGACGAGGGGUGA